AUGGCAGUGUGUGGCCAGGACCUGGUCAUGAAAGACAUUUCCUCUGUUGUCAAUGCCCUCCAGAAAGCCAGUAGUCUUCUGGGGAAGAAAUACGGGGAGACGGAUGACCAGUAUGAGGAUCCUGUCUACUACAAUGGACUGGCUCUCCUGAAUCCUGCCCGAAAGGAGAAUAAUAUCCUGGGUGAUGAGCCUAUGGAGAAAAUACCAGAAGACGACAAGUCUAGUGAAGACCCUGGUGUCCCCAGUACCUCCAACCUUGAUGAGAAAGAGGAGGAGGGGUUUAGAUUGGAAGUAUAUGAUGCCGUGUCUGAGAAAGAUGAGAAAGCUAACAAAGUGAAUGAAGACUCCAAAGGAGACUCAAAGGCUGAAGAAGCUAAGGCCGAUGAGUUGGAGUGUGAGAAAUCCUCAGAUGUUCCAAAGACCAAGGAUAAGGCUGAAGAGGGGAUGUCGUCUUUGCCCGCAUCAACUCCUGAUCUUGUGCUUUUCAACUGGCUGGUGUUUCGUUGUUUCGGAGAGCGGAGAGAAAUGCUUGAGGAGGAACCGCGGAGGAAGAGGAUGUGGGUUCACCCAAUAAUUGCACAGAGGGCUUGCAAAGGGCAGUUUCAAACUAUGUAUGCUGACCUGCGUGAGCACCCUGCCAAAUUUGUCCGUUAUUGCCGAAUGUCCUUCCCUACAUUUGAUCUGCUUUUGGGGGAGUUGAGGCCUGGCCUAACGUUCAUGAACACCAACAUGCGGCGUUGUGUUUCAGCUGAGGAACGGCUAAUUAUAACUCUGAGAUUUUUGGCAACAGGAAACUCAUUUGCAUCAUUACAUUUUGAAUUCCGCAUGGGGACCUCCACAAUAGCAGGAAUAGUGAGGGCUACCUGUGCCACCAUGUGGUUGCGACUGCGAGCUGCUGUGCUGCCACAACCAACAAGGCAGCAGUGGCUUCAGAUUGCACAGGGCUUCCAGAAGAGGGCACAAUUCCCCAAUUGUAUAGGUGCCCUUGACGGGAAGCAUAUACGGGUGAAGAAGCCACCGAACUCAGGGUCCCGAUUCUAUAAUUAUAAACAGUUUUUCUCUGUAGUUUUGUUGGCCUUGGCUGACACAAACUACAGGUUUAUAAUUGUAGAUAUCGGGGCCUAUGGAAGUUUGGCAGAUGCUCGCAUCUUCCGGGCUUCCAGAAUGGGUCGGUGGCUUCAGUCCAACCAACUGGACCUUCCCCAGCCAGGUCCUCUUCCUGGCUCUUCUGGCCCACCAGCGCCAUAUGUUAUAGUUGGUGAUGAGGGUUUUGCUCUAUCGCCAAACCUGAUGCGUCCUUUCCCUAGGCGAGGAUUGAAUGAGGAAAGGCGCACAUUCAACUAUCGUUUAAGCAGGGCCAGAAGCGUGUGUAGUGCUCGCAUGCAUGAGGCCAGUCCAGAUGAUGAUGCAGAGGUGUUGACUUCAGCAGCCCAUGGAGACCCUUCUCUACUUGGAAGAGCUGGUUUAGCAGGACUGAGAGUGAGAGAAUUUUUUUCGGACUAUUUCAUGUCUCCUGCUGGUUCAUUUACAUUUAUUCAACAGCCCUUUUCAUCUGGUCAAAGAUAA